UAUUUUUCGGUAGUCAGGAGCGAGGCUAGGAGGAACGCUAGUCGACGCUUCCACCGAGCCCAACUGCCAGCGCCCCGAGCUCCUAUGGUCUUUUCAUACACUCAGACGAUGACACAAGUGAAAGAUCCUGAGACCUGGGAGAAAUUCACUCUGCAGGUACUGCCGUUGCUGGAGGACCUUAAGCCGAUCUGUGAGAGGAUCGCGUCCUCAGAGAAGCUUUCAGCCGAAUUGAAAGACGCCGCACAUAACUGGAAGCAACAGGCUUGUGACAUACGCAGAACUUUUGACCACGAAGAGAGGGUAGUCAUCGGUGUCCUCGGUAAUACCGGCGAUGGAAAAAGUUCAUUGAUCAACGCCGUUCUACAUGAGAACAGCUUGCUUCCUACGAACGUCAUGCGUGCCUGCACGGCUGUCGUCACCGAGGUGUCGUACAACCAUGACGACGAUAAGGAGAGCCCAUACCGCGCCGAGGUAGAGUUCAUCUCACGCGACGAAUGGAUGCGCGAAGUCAGCAUUCUAUUCAAACAACUUGACACAAAUGGGGGCAGUAUGAAGGAUGACAAGAAUGCGGACAGCGAUGCAGCUAGAGCUCGAGCAAAACUCAAAGCAGUCUAUCCCUCAUUGGACAUGCAACGUUUGGCCACAAAAUCUCCUGCUAAACUUGCGGAUCUGCCCGACGUUCGUGAGGUUCUUGGCACGACCAAAACCAUGAAAGCCUCGAACACGACCGAUAUCAAAUCGCUACUCAAGCCUUUUAUCGACUCCAAAGACAAAGAUGAUGAUACCGCAGCUCAUUGGCCCCUGGUGAAAGCUGUCAAGAUCUUCACCAAGGCUGAAGCUCUCUCCAGUGGCAUUAUUAUAGUGGAUUUGCCGGGCCACCAAGACUGGGACGCAGCACGGACUGCAGUUGCUUCCCAGUACAUGGAGAAAUGCUCUGGAAUCUGGAUCGUGACGCCCAUCCACAGAGCCGUCGACAGCAAAACUGCCAAAGACCUCAUGAGCAAAUCAAUCCAGCGCCAGAUCAUGUUUGAUGGGUCAUCUUCGGCGCUGACUAUUGUUUGCUCAAAGACCGAUGACAUCCAAUUAGACGCGGCCAUGGAAAGUUUAUCAGAAAAACUUCAUAAAAGCACUGUGGAAAAAUGGGAGACUGCAAAAGCACUCGACCAACAGAUCAAGGCCUUGGUGAAAGAAGUUCACUCUGCCCGAAAGCGUCGUGGUGUAACUCAGGAGCCUGGUGCCAGUGGUGGUAAACAAAGACAGGCGAAAAGAGCGAGAACAGAGCCUCCCGUUCAGCUUGUUGACGCUGAUGAAAUCCAAGAAGUUGAUGAUGAGAAGUUUCAGGAUUACACAAGUGCUAUGACAACGGAGGAAAAGCAGCAUGAAAUUUCCGAACUGAAACUCCAGAAGAACGAGCUGAUGGAUGAGGUUUGGUCACACUGCAUCCAGAAACGGAACGAGAUUUCCAAGGAAGCUGUCAGACGAAAUUUUGCCGAAAGCUUUCAAGCCAUUGAUAGCCACCGUAAAGCCACCGAGCCGCAUGAUGCAAGGCCUCGUGACUACGGGGACUUGGCCCGCCGGACCCCUGUGUUCUGCACCAGCAGCGACGCUUAUCAGAAGAUGCAUGGCAUUGUCCUGAGCCACGAAGACUCGCAGCCCGGCUAUGAGACCGAAGAAGAUACAGAGAUUCCUCAGCUACGAACCCAUACUCAGAAAGUUGUCGAGGAGCUUCGCAUUGACAAGUACAAGGCGGUACUCAGCGGCAUCUGCCAGAUUCUCAACUCAAUCGCCAUCUGGGCUCAAGAUACCUCUGGACCUGCCAUGGCCAUUGAUGUGCAAAAUCUCACAGCUUCCUUGCAGAACUUUGAAGCGGUGCUCGGUGAAGAAAUUGGAAACUGUAAGGACGAGCUCCAGAUAACGACGCAGACAAGUCUCUAUGAUGAGCUGGCUCGGCUGAGCCGCAUUGCCGUAACCUAUGCAGGAAUUACUGCCAAGAAGUGGGAGACAAUUCAAUGGAAUGUCUUCAAAGCAGCAUGCCGACGGCGUGGGGUAUAUCAGGAGCAUGAUUUCAAUGAAGAGCUCUUGGAGCCCAUCAAAGGCGACCUGUUAGCGACCUGGGAGAAAGUCUUCCAGUUUGACAUCCCGGGUGUGCUUGACAACUUCUCGGUCACGACUACCCAGCAAUUGAUUUCGUUCCAUAACAGCAUCAUGCAGCAGGUUAUUGAUCAUGAUGACGAGGAAAUGGAUGCUUCGGUGCAGCUUGGCCAACAGCUGAAGUUCCACCAAUACCGUGUCAUGCUGCUUGCCGCACAAAAUCGAGCAUACAUCAACCAAGCCCAGAGAGUUGCUAGUCGAGCAUGCGGUUCAGCUGUGGUAAGGUUCAUGGCAUCUGGUUACGAUAAGUGUGCCGAUGUCAAAGGACAUGGCACGGCUGAUCGAAUGCGAGCUAUAAUCAGAGAACAUAUUGACUACUACAAGGACGCGAUGUUUAGGGAAGCAGUUCGAGACGUUAAGCGUAAUAUUCAGAAGGGCGUAAAAUUGGCCGAAAAGAACAUGACCGCUCAGAUUGAGGCCAUAGUCACGACAAUGAAGAGUGAUUAUAUGCUUGCGCUAGCAGAGAGGGAGAAAUCGAUUCGCCGCCUGGAGUCUUCGUUCAAGCAGAGCAUGAUGGAGGUCUUGGAGAAGGCCGAGAUUCGGUUUGCGUGAGCAUCCAGGAAGGACGGCAUUCAUUUGUGGCUUGGGGCACUAGUCGGGGUUCGUUUGCAAACUGGACAGAGCUGGCGACACGAUCGGAC